CAAGCACUAACAUUCUUAUAUUGUUAAUAAAGCUGGACAGUUGUCUAUCACACGACAUGGAGCGGGAUCCUAAGAACAAAGUAGUUGUAGUCACAGGCGGAGCGGGAGGUAUAGGAUACGAGAUCGCUGACAAGUUUCUAAAGUACGGAGCUAAAACUGUGAUUAUAUUGGGCCGUAAUGAAACUCUUGGCGCGGAAGCUGCACAAAAACUAAACACCAAGCACGGUGAAGGUAAAGCAGUCUUCAUAAAAUGUGACGUCACUAAAGAUUUGGACAAAGUAUCCAGCGAAAUAUUCCAGAAAUAUGAAACCGACGUUCUAGUAAACAAUGCAGGAGUGCUAGACGAGGCCAAUAUGAGACGGACACUUGAAACCAAUCUUAUGGCGCUGAUGGACUGGAGCAUGAAGUUUUGGGAGCACUGGAGAACUGACAAAGGCGGUCGUGGAGGUACAAUUUAUAACAUAUCGUCUUUCUAUGGGUACGACUACAAUCCAUAUACCGUAUACUACAAAACAUCGAAAGCUGCAGUGUUGAGUUUCACGAGGUCGUUGGGCCAUCCUGUUAAUUGCGAGAAAAGCGGUGUAAGAGUGAUUGCACUCUGUCCGGGUUUUACUGACACUACUAUACUUACUGGUAAAGUAUGGGAUUGGCACAAUGAAGGUUUCCAAAGAGUGAUGAAGGAAGAAGUUGUGCUCCAGAGGCCUGAGACCGUUGGCGAGGCUGCUGUGGAGAUUUUCAAGCUUGCAAAUACAUCAGAAGUGUGGGUCGCUAAAAACGAUGAACCAAUUAAAUUAGUUCAGGUUACAUAUGAAGAAGUGACCCCUUAAGUGAUGAUUUGAUUUUAAGUAGGAAAAUCGACGAUGUACAUAUAUGACAAAUAUUAAUAAAGGAAGAUCUUGAAAAA